AAUCAGAAAACAGGUUGUUUUCUUGUCAGUUGAAUUUUCUUGAAAACUUUACUUAAUUUUCCCGGGAUUAUUCCUUUUCUUAUGUCCCUAGUCUUAUUUUUAUGAUGGCGGUAUCAAUUUGACGACUGUUGAACAUACCGCAUUUUGGCGAGGGUGCUGUUGAAGAGAUAAACCGAAGAUCAAAAGCAGUGGAACUAAAAACAAUGGUGAUCAGAAGUACUCGCACGGGCAAUGCCGUCUAUAUUCUGGCGGUAUUCGCAGUCUUUUGUGUGUUUGCUCCGGUGGAAGGUGAAAGCCUUGUGGAUCUCCUAAGAGUCCCACGCUCAGGACCGCCAUUAGCAAAGAACCAAAAUCCAAUAUGUCGCAAAGCCAAGAUGCUUCACAGCGACGUCUUAAAGAAUGCCUCCCUCCAGGGUCAGCUUAGCGCUGGAAACUUCACCUACCUUGGGGAUGUUAAGGAUAUGGAGGAGUGUAUGGGAAUGUGCUGCGCCCAGAAGGGUUGCCAGCUUGCUUAUCUUGACAAGAUGAAAUGCUAUGGCGUCAAAUGUUAUAGCCAGGAGUUGUGUAAAGUCACAUCAGGAAUUGGGAAGUCGGAUAUCAAGAUUUCGCUUAUGGUCAGGAAUGACAUCAACAGACGAGCGUAUGUAACGGCAUACAUUGUCGUGGUUGUGGUGGCGUUUGGAGCGGCUGUUUCAGGCACAGUUUGGGCUGUCUUCAUCUUCGUGAAAAGGUACAAACACAACGAAGUGUCCCCGAAAAGCAGCAAGGAGGACGAGGAUGAGGAUGAAGGCAAAGAAGCCAAGGUUUAUUAGAUGAGGAGCAGAGGGUUGGCAGUAUUUCUAUAAUGAAACAUAUUCAGUGAAUAAUUUUAAAAUGUUGGAAAUCGACAAAACAUGUCCUACCUGUUGGCGGGAAAACAGAGCACCAUUGUCCAGAGACACCCUGUGUCCGCAGAACAUUGAAACAUAUAGUAUCCGUAUUCUGUGACAACACUAUCUUUAACUCCAAUGUAGGAGAGAUAGAGUUUUACAAUAGUAAACAAGUCUACGCUUGUCGUCUACACGGACAGCAAAAACCCGUUGACAAAGCAAAUGUUUCACUAUAAACAAGCAAACGAAAAAAAUCCGUCUGUGGAAUUUCUAUUUGUCAACUAAAUGUCGCUUGUGUAGAAAUACUUCAACUUUAUUGGAGAGAGUAUGGUUUCGAGAGGGGGACGCUAAAAUGAAUUCAAACAAUUUUAAAAAUAUAUAAUAUUUUUAAAACUACAUUCGGAGAUUCUGUGUGUCGUGACCUGCAGUGCUUCAUGGGUAUCAAGUAAGUAAGCAAAUUAGCGAAAAGGAAAUACAAAUCCAGGUUUCAAAAGCUGUAGAAUUCUUGUUUACAUUCUUAUGAAUGUAAACAUUCACAUAGCUUUCAGAUACAAGGAUUAAGUCGUUUAUACGCAACCCAUAAACCACCGCGGGUUACGACAUAUAGGUAUAUUUAGCUACAUGAAUUCGCGCGUUCAUUAUUAAAAAAACCCGCUGCCUUUGUAGUAUUAACGGCAUAGUAGUAUAGCGACGAACCUUUUAUAUCUGCGAUGGUAAAAUAGCUUAGUAACUCAAAGGAGAUAGAGACCACAGGUAUCCCAUAAUUGUGGUCGCCGUCUCUUUAGCGCAAUCAGCUUUGCAUCGAAGGAAAGAUAGGCAUUGAGCAUCAGAAAGCAUGUACUAUUGAAAGGCUAUCCAUUAACGUAGAUUAACGAAAAAUAAACAAAUGCUUGUCUUUCAAUGCCUGAUCAGAUAACAUAAACAGAUAUUAUUUUUAAGGUGUAUAGAAUAAAAUAAAGGGAAAUUUCUUAUUUGA